AACAGAAGUCGUACAUGUAUCAAUCCAACUUCCAAUAACCAUGCGGAUCUACAGCGGAGAUCCAGUUUGCAGUCCAUCAUUGCCGUCAAAUCCUUUAGGAAGCGCCUCUCCAACGAGGCCAUCGCAGCUCCAUCCGUAGCUUGCAGUUAUUCUGUCACUAUCAAGGCUACAAGGCUUGAGCUCAACAUUACUGGAAUAAAAUAAUGAUCUCAUCGUCCAACAAGAAAUUUAAAUCAUGAUCCUGAGCAUUAUGAUGCCAUAGCGAACCCAGCUUCCUUUUCCCUAUUCUCGAGCUUAGUCUAGAUCUAAAUACGUCCCAAAGAACUAUUGAAAUCCGAACAAGAAAAUCCUACCACAAAAGAAGACUUUACAAAAUGGAGCACCGUACCGAGCAACUCUCUUCUGAGGAUGCUGCCAACAAGGCCCGUGGCUACAAGGCUGCCAUGCAUAACCCCAGAGUCUCCGAGCCGGCCAAGCGACAUGCCGAAGAACGACUUCACGAUAUUGAAUCAACCGGCCAGCUUGAGCAGAGAGACGAGGAAGACAAGGAUCAAGGGAACGUCGCUAGAGGCCUGAAAGCUGCCGCCCACAACCCAAGAGUCUCCGAACAGGCGAAGCACGAAGCAGAGGAGAGGCUGGAGAGGAUGGAACGCGAAUAAGGCGACGGAAUUCUACUUGUUCAACGUUGAUAAUAACUGAUUUCCUACUUUGGAUUCUAGUUAUAUCAUGAUAUGGUAGUGCUACUACAAACUCCCCGCCUACCAUUUGCCAAAUAAGAAUCUCUUUCAAUUUUAAA